GCCAUUCGCCUCCGAUCCCCUCCGGUGCAAGUGUCUUUCGGGCUUCUCUUCUCUGAAACCUCACCAUGAAGCUGUUGAUGUUGCUGGCGCUGGCGGGGCUGGCGAGCUGCAGCACAACCCUGAUCGGAGGCGACCGCGCCAGGGACGUCUCUCUUCGCUACAAGUACUACGACGACGACGGCAAGGAGAUCGAGGUGGAGGUGGAGGCCGAGAGGCUGGGACUCGGCCUCGUCGGCGCGGCGCCCAGGAAAGCCGCGGUCGCCCCUGCCCCUGCCCCUUCCGUCCGCCUUGCCCCCGUGACCGCCGUCCCUUAUUUCGCCCUCCAACCCCAGGCGCCGACCCACUUUGUUCCUGUUGGCACACGGGUACAAGCCAACCUCGUCCCGAACACUCGCAAGGUCGUCCCCUUCGUGCAGCCUCAGGUUGUGACGCGCGUGGUCGAGGUCGCUCCGGCUCCCCAAUUGACCCAUUUCGUCCAGGUAGAAACUCCCAGGGCCCGCUACAUCAGACUAGACGACGACGACGAUGACGACGUCCCAGUCGUGUUCCGCUCCUCUCGCCCCGUGGCUCCCCCUGUCUCCGCCCCCGUGCACCGCCAGGUGACCCUGCGCUCCUCCCUGGCCGCUGUCGACAAGGUCCCCGCGGUCCCCGUCCGCAGGGUUUCGGACAGCAGCGAUGAGGAGUAGGCAGGAAUCACGGUGCUUUGCCUUACACUAGGUCAUCGCCUUAUUCUUAUAAUUUCUUUCCAAAAUUAUACAUUUGUAUUAAUAAAUAUACCAAUAAUA